ACAUGCCAUGCCAUUGUUUGUCAACAAUGCGGCCCAUGAUCACGCAAUCUUCCCCGUAAAGCAUUACUAUAAAUAGGGCGAUGCUGCUUUGUUCUUCAUCUUUCAGCAAUAUCUUCCAUUUAUGUGCCGUUGAUCCUGAACAGAAAAGACAAGUCAUGAGGGUAAUACUAAUCGUGACGGUGAUGUUGGCGGUUUGUUGUAUGUCCACUAAUGCCUGGUGGAGCAGACGUCGUGGAUCUACUGCUAGGAGCGAAGUUAGAACAAAUGUACGUAUUAACAAUAAUGGCGCCCCCAGCGGUUCAGGAACAUGGACUAGGACGGGAGAUAACUGGGAGACAUCGGUUACUGGAAAUGUUGAUGCAAAUGGGAACUGGGGAGUUGGUGCGUCAGCAACAUGGCGUUUCAAAAGAAGUGACGAUGUGAAUGAUCAGCAACUUUACAAUGUCUCACUCAAAGUUGAUCCAUGCAACUUUAUCACGUAUGACGUUGAUAAAAAUGACGAAAUUAUUCUUGGAGAAAUGCAUGCUAUAUUCGGUGAUAACGAAAUGGCGCUCAGUCUUUUCCUUGACCUUGAUGAAAACGAAAGUGGGGCCAUUGAAUUAGAAGAAUUUUAUCAGCAAGCGCCAAAGUUUAUUGCAGCCUGUGUUAAUCUUGGCACAGAUGAUGACGAAUAGCUAUAUUCCAAAAAAUAUGUCGAUCAAAGAAAAAGUGUAAUACUGUAGACUGACGACAAAUCUAGACAUUUGAUAUUUGAUUAAGCAAAAAAUUGUUGUAACAUCGUUAUUUAAUUCAUUGAUGAAUUUUGUACACAUAUAAGAUAUAUGCUGGUUAUAAAAUGUUGUUAAAUCUAUAAAAACGCACAAGUAACUUUCUUUAUUUCUCCAUUUCUUGCUUAAAAUCGCAUCAAUAAAGUUUAAACUUUAA